AUGCUCGACUGGGAAACUUUGAUACUGAGUCUGCUCUACUAUUAUGGUCACUUAGUCGGUCUUAGUAACUUUGAAUUUGACUGGAAUACGGGUCGUGUCUUCACAGCCAAAUGGAGUACAUUAUAUGCAAUUGCGAUCGAUUCUAUUAUUUUCAUUUUAUAUAUAUAUCACUGGACCGGGAAUACUAAUAUAGCGAAUGUGAUUUUCGGCAAAGCAAACAAGCUUCAUGAAUAUGUUGUCGUUAUAAUGGCGGGUAUGAGAAUUGCUACAGGACUUUUUACGGUGAUUCACAGAUGGUACCAGCGCAAAAGAUUGAUGGACUUAACGAAACAGGUACUUCGGAUUUAUAUUAGCAGGCCGCAGGUGAAGAGGAUAUAUAGGAAGGGCAUUCUCAUUAAGUUUAUUUCUGGAUCAGUCACCGAUCUCCUUCAAGCCGCCUUCAUAUUAAAUGUAAUGGGUCAAGUGGACUCGCAGUUCUUCUUGGGUAUGGCCUUGCAGUUUUGGAUGGCGGCCAUCCUGAAUUUGGCCAUAUCGCAGCAUUACCUGAUAAUUCUGUUUGUUCGGGCUCAAUUUCGUCUACUUAAUUCCGAAUUGCGACAGGUGAUCGCAGAGGCCAUGGAGCUAAGCUGGAAUCCACCGCGACCGGGGGCUUUUAUGACCAGGUGUUGUUAUCUAUCGGAUAAAUUGGAGGAUAUAGCCAAGAUACAGAGCCAACUGCAUAAAAUUGUGAACCAGUUGGAAGAAACAUUUGGGAUUCAAGGGGCCUUGGUCUAUGCAGGGUACUAUUUAUCCUCGGUAUCCACGAUCUAUCUGACCUAUAGUACCCUUAAGCAUGGCUACGCGAGUAUGAAUAUGACACUGACCGCUUGGAUCCUGUCCUGUUUUUGGUGUUUCUUCUACUACCUCGAUGGUAUGCUAAAUCUGUCGGUCAUGAUCAAUGUCCUUGAGGAUCACAAAGAAAUGCUACAUCUUUUGGAACAGCGAACACUUUUUGCUCCUGGCUUAGAUGUCCGACUUGAGGAAUCAUUUGAGAGCCUAACGUUGCAGUUGAUUCGGAAUCCUUUAAAAAUUGAUGUUAUGAAAUUCUACGAAGUCGAUCGCAGUUCCACUAUGGCCAUGUUUGGAAAUCUCAUAACACAUUCAAUCUUCCUAAUUCAAUACGAUAUGGAAAACUUUUAA